ACGCUAUUGGCUCGGAGGGCUAUUAGAACGGAUGCGAGGCCUACAUUCGGAAGAAAUGAUGCGGCUUUUAACCCGUCAAAUUCACCUUUUAAAUACUAUUUGAUGUCAGUUUAUUUACCGACCAUUGCAAUUGUUAAUAUAACACGUGGAUGGUUUUUUUACAGCAACAACACAACGGCCUAGUUUUGUUUUUGAAAGGGCAUGUUUUUGUUUGGCUAAAUAAUGCAUCGCUUUAUGUGCCAGUAUAUCACAGACCGAAAUGUUUUCUGCAAUGGCCCUUAGAUAAUGAUGUCAAAUGUUUCAAAAGGCUUAUCUACCAGCACCAGACAAAAUAGGCUUGGGAGAAAGUGAUCAAAUACAUUGAAAGUUAAAGGACAGUAUAAUACUGUGACUUUUAAGACUAUUAAAAAUAAGAUCGUGUUUUGGGUUAGGCACAGUAUGACGAUUGAGACCAUUAAAAUAUAGUAUCUAAUUGGGCUCUUAUUUUCAGGGUUGGUUGCACGUACACAUCCCACAUUUCGAAUGGCGAGUGCACGGCUUAUGGCUUAAAAUUGUGUUCAUCCAAACUGCGGAAGAAAGACAGAGAGGGGAAAAAUAUGAUGGAAAAAAGGCAGCCGGACCUUUGUCGCGGGAGUCCAGACGCAGAGGCUGCUCGCGGAAAGCCCGAAGACUCCUCCGUCAUCAUCAGAUGCGAGGAAGAGGAGGAGGAGGAGAGGAUGAAGAGGAGGAGGAGGAGGAGGAGGAAGAACGAGGAGGAGGAGAAGGAAGAGAAAGAAGGGGGAGGGCUCACCGCGGGGGUCGAGGAGACUGAUGACGCGCCCCUGCAGAACUCGACCAACGGGACCGUCAUCAACGGUGUUGCCAAGGAAACCGCCUCUCGCGACGCCCUUGACCUGAAAAGGGAAGUGCCGGUGAUCGAGCUCUCCAGGAGGGACGCUAUAAAGGCGCUGGAGAGGAGGGCCGAGAGCCAUUUGGUGCCCAUCACGGAGCUCCGCAGACCUCCUCUUCCUCACGCUCUUCCUCCUCACGCUCUUCCUCCUCCUCCUCCUCCUCCUGCACCGCCGCACAUCCAACGAGAGAACGCUCGAAUGGUCCAGCUGAGCCCCAACGCGUUCCCUGUCCCGGCUCGGGCCAUGCUCUACAACCUGGCGCAGCCUCUCGCAGCCAUCAACAGUCUUGGAGGGGAUUCUGAGCAGUACAGCAUGUACCCCAGCAACAGGGUAAAACGCCGCCCGGCGCCUUAUGAGGUUGAACUGGACGAGGGUAGGAGCAUUUUAGAUCUUUAUAAGUAUGCCGGCCAGCCCAAGAUUGUCCGACGUAUCUUCACCAACAGCCGCGAGCGUUGGCGGCAGCAGAACGUGAACGGCGCCUUCGCAGAGCUCCGUAAACUCAUCCCCACUCACCCUCCGGACAAAAAGCUGAGCAAGAACGAGAUCCUGCGUCUGGCCAUGAAGUACAUCAGCUUCCUCUCCAACCUGCUGGAGGACCAGGACGGGCGCGACCUCGGCCCCCCGACUGAAGGGGACACCGGGAUCCUGGUGGGGGCACACGACGGGGUGCCCCAAGGCGGGCCGCGUCAGGACACGAUGGUAAGCUUGGCUAGGGACGACCUGCCGGAGACCAUGUCGCCCGGCUCCAGUUGCGGGAGCUUGCCUGACGGAGACGCCGAAGGCAGCCCGGAGAGCUUCGUGGAGGAUCAGGACUCGCCUCCCGCCCCCAGGACUAUGGCGGCUUCACGCGGCCCUCCUCCGCUCCAUCUCAGGCGCAACGGACGCCCGCUGGAUGGCUCCGGCCGACGAUGAUUCUGAAAAGCGGAAGGAAAAGUGCGUGCUUACAUUCGUGGGUCAUUUGAGAUGGAGAAUGAAGAUCUAUAUUGUGCGAGAGACAACAUGGACCUGACGACCUUCUGCACUUGACAACACUGAUGGAAAAGCCUCGGUCGCAGGAUUUGGAAACAAGGUGUAAAUUGUGCAUGUCUUUGAACGAGCAGCCUGUGGAUGAAACAGUUGUUUGUUUGGAAAAAGCUCAGAGCUUCAAAUCUGAAAUCAAUCCCCUUGUCUUGUAUUAGAAAGUCAAAAUCAUGUGCAAUCAAAGCAAGAACGAGCCAAAAGCAAACAGUGAAAAGCGGGACCUCUUGCAAUGAAUUGGGCAGCAAUGGAAGGUGCUGACGAAUGAGCUUGUUCUCACAAGAUGACGACCUCAUCUGUGGAAACCACGUCCUUUUUUGCCCCAGUUACUCUCAAAAAAGAUGAUGCAAAUGAAAAGAACCAAAUCCUGAACACUUAAUUAAGCCUUUUGACACUGCACUCGCUCUUUGGAUGAAGUUUGGUUCGACCUGACCUGAAAAAGGGAUUUUUUUUUUCUUCCCUAAAAUUGGUCAAAUCCAUAUUGCGCAAGCAUCUAAUAUAGGUCAAACUUCAAAACUGAAACCAAAACCCGACGUGCUAAAAGAAGAAAUCAAAUGAGUUUACAGACAAAUCAAAGCACCUGAUUCAAAUUUGCUGUGACCCCGCUAGCUAUUACAAUCUUGAGUCAUUCAACCAAACAUGGGGUUUUUUUUUUUUUGUAAUAUAGAAUUCCAGGGUAUCUCAAUGGCCUCGUUGGUCGCACUUGCGGAAACUUCUGGUGAGAAGACAGCUCAAUAUAAAAACCCUCAACUGCCCUUCAGUCAACGAUUGUAAAUAGCUUUCUAUUUUCACGGAACAACGUCAUGUGGUUUUAAGAUGUACCUAUACUGUGUUGUUUGUUCACAGGUUUGGUUUAAAAGAUGGAAGGCGAGUCCUAAACAUGAAAAGUUGGUACCAUUUCAUCUCGUUAGGGUUUGGCGUCGCGAGAACGACAACAGACUCCAAACACAUUUUUGCAGUUUUGCAUGGGAGGUACAAAAACACACGAUGAUUCUCGAGGUGUACAAAAUGUCGGUCACGGCGUCAUUUUGACAUGAAUGUCUAGUUUGUUUUUCUUUCUUUUUUUUUUCCCGACUGUAACGCGUAUGUAGUUUUAGAAAGGUACAAUGAGCAACCCCUUGGUUGCCAACGGCAUGGCAUGUUGGCGACGGACGGCACCAGCAGUUGUCAAGGUUUGCUCAAUGCGUUCUGCCUUUUCAGCAGAAUUUACUAACCUACACUAUAUUGGUACCUUUGGUAACGAUGGUAUUUUAUGAAUGGCGGCAAAAAGGAACUUGUACGUUUGGUUAUGAUAUAUUUGUUGUAGAUGUAUCUAUGAAUAUAUCCAAUGUUAAAUCUGAUGAAUUUUACACAAAACUCUCUGAAUAAAAGAACAAUACGUU